AUGACGGGCAAUGAUGGAAUUCCCGACUACCUCAAGCUCGGCAUUGUUCGAGAUGCGGUUACACAUAUGGCGGAAGUGAACCACCUGCCGGGGUACGAGAAAGGAUGGACGCCAGAGGGGCACACAGAUUCCAAAGCUGCGGGGGGACAAAGAGAGAACUCACUGUUCAUAUCAAAUCUGGUGUUGACGAUAUUUGCGAUUGUUAUUGUCUCCGCGAGGAUUUAUGUUCGUGCGUUUGUGGUUGGUGGGUUGGGCGGUGACGAUUAUGCUAUCGUUGGAGCGAUGGUGAGAUCUUCUGGGAGAGGUGGGGUGAAGUUCACGGGCCUGGAGCUGAUAGUCCGGGGAGGUAGAUUGUCUUGAUGUGUUCGGCGGUGAUGUUGUGUUACGGUGAGUUGUAUGGAAAAUGGUCAGGGAAUUUGGAGCUAAGUGGAGAAUAGGCGUCAAGCAAGCCGGCAUUGGAAAACAUAUCCUUGAGUUAGAAUUCGAUGAGGUAUUAAGACUCCUAAAGGUUAGAAGUCUGUGAUACCCACUUAAUCAGUAGAGAGCUAACCUCAUUUACCGUCCAGAUAACCUAUGCCCUGCCUAUCAUUCACACACUCGGCCUGUACCCUAUAAAAAUAUCUCUCCUACUAUUCUAUCGAAGAUUAUUCGGCCCACACCGUUCUCUACAACGGGCAGUCAGGUAUUUCAUAAUUUUCGAGACCAUUCACACAUUUGGGUCGUGUAUUGGCUUUGUCUUUAUGUGUGCUCCGGUUUCUUCAUGGUGGAAUAUCUUCCGCCGUGCGGAUGACUGCCCGACCUUUCAUGAGACUAUGGCCAUCUAUGUUGGCGUACGAGCAGUCAGUGUGUUGACAGACAUAUUGGUUGUCCUCCUGCCAAUGAAGUUGGUGUGGGAUUUGAGGGUGUCAGCCAGGAAAAAAAUUGGGUUGGCGACGGUUUUCGGGUUGGGUGUGAUGUGUGUUUUUCCCCAUCUUUGCACCCUGUAGUGGGGAGGGGGGGGGAUAAUGGCUAACAAUGGCAGAGCAUGUAUCGCUGCUAUUCUGCGACUCGCUCUCUUGCCCAGGCUACUGCUCUCACUAGAUGUUUCUUGGAACAUUGUUGCUGUCACAUUGCUCGGCCGGAUCGAACAGUGUCUGGGCAUGAUAACCGCAAGCAUUCCUGCCCUCACAGCUCUCAUUUCAAAGUAACUCAUGCCCAUCCACUCCGCUUGCGGGGUUGAGUAUCAUCUAACUAACGUAAAGCUGUAGGUCACGGGGUCGCCUCCCCCAUCAACCAAGAAAAAGUUUCGGAACAUCCUAUGAGCCCUCAGGCCCCGGGAUGUCCGUCCAUGCAACCCAGGAUUUUGACCUCCUAGCCUACGCCUACGACCCGGACGGCGUGAACGUAGUAUACGCGACUGCGUAUGCCGGGAAUACCCACGGGCUCCGCGGCAGGGCCACUGGAUCCAGCGAUGAUAAUCUCGUGGAGGAAGGUGAAGGGAGGUGGUUGGAGCCAAACACAAUUUCCAAGACUACCACCGUAGAAGUGAUGGUGGCCUUACGUUGAUUUCUUUUUUUUCUUUUUCUUUUUCUCUUUUCUGAUAAAGACGGCUUGCGGGAUGGGUGCAUUUUAUAAUACAUAAAAAUAUCAUGAUGGUUU